GAGUCGUGUGUAUCAUAUAGUCCACACGGAAAACCCCAUUAUAAUUAUUUUUUUUUUAUAUUAAUGAAUUAUCAUAUAAAUAGAUGGUAAUUAUAAAUGUAUAAUACCUAUAUGGCUAUUGCUCAUUCGUUGUUUAAAGUCAAACGAACGUUCACAUAACGCACGCUAUACGAUUUCAACGUUUUUAUACGUUAAUAUUAUAUCGUAAUAUUAUAAAAGCUGGUAAGUAGGUAAUAGACUCCGGACACUAUGUUGAAUUUUUUGAUUGCGGUGACGGUCGCGGGACUUGCCGUCGGGGUCACUGGCCUCGACAACGGGUUGGCUUUGACGCCGCCGAUGGGAUGGCUCGCGUGGCAGAGGUACAGGUGCAUCACGGACUGCGAAACGUAUCCAGACGAAUGUGUCAGUGAAAAGCUGUUUAUGAAAGCGGCUGAUUUGUUGGUCAGCGAAGGCUACGCAGACGCGGGAUACAAAUAUGUAAUCGUGGACGACUGUUGGUUGGCCAAGAACAGAUCGGCCGACGGGAAAUUGGAAGCCGACAAGACGAGGUUCCCGAGCGGUAUCAAAGCACUGUCUGACUACGUGCACUCGAAAGGAUUGAAAUUCGGUUUGUAUCAAGACUGGGGCGAGAAAACAUGCGCUGGUUACCCGGGCGUGCGGGGUAAGGAAGAAAUGGACGCCAAACAGUUCGCAGAAUGGGAAGUCGAUUACGUAAAACUAGACGGAUGUUAUUCGAACGUCAGGGACAUGGACAGAGGUUACGUCGAAUUUGGGCACCAUCUAAACCAAACGGGAAGGCCAAUGGUGUACUCAUGCAGCUGGCCGGCAUACCAAGAAGAUAAGGGUAUGCGUAUUAAUUACGCGUUGAUGGCUAAACAUUGUAAUUUGUGGCGAAACUACGGGGACAUUGACGACUCGUGGACCAGUGUAACAGCCAUUAGCGAUUACUUCGCGAUGAAACAAGAGUUCUGGGCUCAGUACGCGGGACCCGGACACUGGAACGAUCCAGACAUGCUCUUGAUCGGCAACUUUGGCCUGUCGUUCGACCAAAGCAAAUCGCAAAUGGCCAUCUGGGCCGUGUUGGCCGCUCCCCUGUUGAUGUCCAACAAUUUGUCUAGCGUAUGCCCGAAGUCCAAAGAAAUCUUACAGAACAAAGAAGUCAUAAAGAUCAGUCAAGACGCCCUAGGAAUACAAGGCACUCGAGUGUUUAGAGAUAAGGGUAUUGACAUUUGGACCCGACCAGUCGAACCGGUUCAUCAUGGAAAUUAUUCUUACGCGGUGGCGUUUGUGAGUCGCCGCGAGGAUGGCGCUCCCACUCCGUACAAAAUAACUUUGGAAGACUUAGGACUGAAGCAUCACUUCGGUUACACAAUUAAGAAUUUGUUUGAUAAGCCGAGCUCAAAUGUAACCAUACAUUUCGCCCUGCCAAAGACUGUAGUCUGCGUACGCGUUAUUCCGUCAGGUGUUGUGUUCUUGCGGUUCGAUGUUAUACCGACCAAGUUGCCCGGAGAUGAUAUUUAUAACGGCGCACUCAACAAAACCGUAACAUUUACAUAAAUCCAGUUUUAAAAACAUGAUAUAAGUUUACUUAAACUAUUACUAUAUACUAUACAGGGUGAUAAUUUUAUCAUGAAACACUCCUUAUUUCAAAAAGUAUUAAUGUUUUUGAAAAUUUUGUUUACAUAGUUUCAAGUUGUUAAAAAAACAACGUUUUUAUUAUUAAAAAUAAUAUUUUUAAAUAUUUUUUAUCCUUAUAAUUUUUUUAAGUUUUUACUUUUUUGAAUGACAACAUAGAGUUUUAAUUUCAUAUUCCAAAGCAGAAUAUUUUUCUAAGUAUUUUGAUUAGUAAAAAUCGAAUUUAGGGCGAGUAGUUAGUGAGUUAUAAGUCUGUAUUUAAAGUUUAGAUGGGCGGAGUGGAGUGGUACGGGGUUACCCGCAAAAUGUUGUCCACUACAAACACCACUAGUCUAAACUUUUAAUACUUAUAACUUAUAAGUUAUAAUUCAUAAACUACUCGUCCUAAAUUCGAUUUUUAUGUAUCAAAAUACUUAGAAAUUAUUCAAUUUGGAAUAUGAAAUUAAAACUCUAUGUUGUCAUUCAAAAAGGUAAAAACUUAAAAAAAAUGAUUUUAUAAUUAAAAAAGUUGUUUUUAACAACUUGAAACUAUAUGUAAAAAAAUAUUUUCAAUAAUAUUGAUAUUUUUUGAAAUAAUGAGUGUUUCGUGAUAAAAGAAUCACCUUGUAUCAUUAAUGUACCCACCUAUAGGGCUAUACGAUAUAAUAAUGCAGUGAAUAAACGAUACGAUUAUAAUAUACUCGUAAGUAGAAUAAAUAUAAAGACAUUUUUAAUGGUUGAUAA